AGAGGAGGGCAGGGUGAGAGCGACACAUUCACACACUUUUACCCACCUGGGAGUUGUUGAGUAUCACCAGUGUCACUGCAUUUUAUUGACAGACCACUUGCACCAGUCGCUGAGGUCAGUCCGUCUGCACGGGCUCUGUCUGAGGGAAAUGAGAAAGGGAAAGAUAGGGCCGGUGCAGGGAGAGAUAAAGCUCAGUAGCUGCUCUGUGAGACUGUGCACACACACUCUGUCUAGCCUGACUCCUCCUCGCUGCCCCGCCCUCCCCUCUCUUGUACUCCCACCCCUUCUCUCCCGCUUCAGCAGUAGGUACAUGUGCAGUGAGCAACAGCUAGGAAAGCAGUUCAGGGCACGAGCCAAAGGCGCACACACCCACCAGCAGAGAGCAAGACUACAUUAUUCAACGGAUCCUCUUCUCUACGUUCCUCAGGGCUAGUGACUCACCCUCUCUCCACCUCUUGCUGAGCCAUUAUUACCAUGGAAACCCCGAGCCAGAAACGCACCAGCCGAGGUGUCACCUCCGUCUCCCCGGCCCGCAUCACCAGACUGCAGGAGAAGGAGGACCUUUGCAACCUCAAUGACCGGCUGGCUGUCUACAUCGACAAGGUGCGCUCCCUGGAGUCAGAGAACGCCGGGUUGCGGCUGCGCAUCACUGAGUCGGAGUCCUCAGUCAGCCGUGACCUGACGGGCAUGAGGACGGCCUACGAGACAGAGCUGGCCGAUGCUCGUAAGACCCUGGACCAGGUGGCCAAGGAGCGAGCACGCCUGCAACUGGAGCUGGGAAAGAUCAGGGAGGAGCACAAGGAGCUUAAAGCCAGGAACAGCAAGAAGGAAUCUGACCUGGAGGCGGCUCUAGCCAGGCUCAGAGACCUGGAGGCACUGCUCAACUCUAAAGAUGCUUCUCUCACUACUGCAUUGGGGGAGAAGCGAGCCCUGGAGGCUGAGGUCAAAGACCUGAAAGCCCAGCUGGCCAAGUUGGACGGUAGCUUAGCCGAUGCCAAGAGGCAGCUGCAGGAUGAGAUGCUGAGGAGAGUGGACGCCGAGAACCGCCUGCAGACGGUGAAAGAAGAGCUCGAGUUCCAGAAGAACAUCUACAGCGAGGAGCUGCGUGAGUCCAAGCGUCGGCACGAGUCUCGCAUGGUGGAGAUCGACAGCGGGCGACAGCUGGAAUUUGAGAGCAAGCUGGCUGAGGCCCUGACGGAACUGAGAGCCCAGCAUGAGGAGCAGGUCAACAUUUACAAGGCGGAGCUGGAGAGGACCUACAACUCUAAGUUGGAGAAUGCCCGUCACUCAGCUGACAGGAACAACAGCUUGGUUGGCGCCGCCCAUGAAGAGCUGCAGCAGACCCGUAUUCGAAUGGAGAGCAUGUCAGGCCAGCUUAGCCAGCUGCAGAAACAGUUAUCUGUGAGUGAGGCCAAGGUACGGGAGCUUGAGGAGAUGAUGGCAAGGGAGCGCGACCUGAUGCGGCGGCGGCUUGAUGAUAAAGAGCGGGAGAUGGCUGAAAUCCGAGCUCGCAUGCAGCAGCAGCUGGAUGAGUACCAGGAGCUGCUGGACAUCAAGCUGGCCCUGGACAUGGAGAUUAAUGCUUACAGGAAGCUGCUGGAGGGAGAAGAGGAGAGGCUGCGUCUGUCACCCAGCCCUCCGCCCACCAAGGUCACGGUGACACGAACCUCCGGCUCAGCCCACAGCCACACCAGCCGCCUCCUUCAGUCCUCCACCGCCGCCUCCAGCAGCCGCAACUCCUCCGGCACAGGCAGCGCCACCAAGAAGCGCCGCCUCAACGACAACGACAGCGAGACCUCCAGCCUAGUGGGGGGCACUGUGACCAAGACUCGCAUUAGUCAGCACGCCUCCGCCAGCGGCCGUGUCACUGUGGACGAGGUUGAUCUGGAGGGCAAGUACAUCCGCCUUAGCAACAAGGCUGAUGAGGACCAAUCACUGGCCAACUGGCAGGUGAAGAGACAAAUCGGCACUGGUAGCCCCAUCGUCUACAAGUUUCCACACAAAUUCACCCUGAAGGCUGGAGGAACCGUCACUAUCUGGGCUGCAUCUGGUGGUGGAAGCCACAACCCCCCCACUGACCUGGUGUGGAAGAACCAGAACUCCUGGGGCACCGGUGACCUCCUGCAAACCAUGCUCAUCAGUGCCAACGGAGAGGAAAUGGCCAUGAGGAAAGUCACACGCACCCUUUUCCAGGAAGAUGACGAUGAUGAUAUGGGAGCUCACAGCACAAGCGGCGCAGACAACGAGUACAACCUGCGGAGCCGCACGGUGAUCUGCGACUCCUGCGGGCAGCCGUCAGACCGCUCGGGUGGUUGCGGCGGGGGGGGUAUCCUUGAAGGCGUCGUGGGACACACCUCAUUCAUGGGUACCAACGAGCCCAGACAGGGUCGCGUCAAGCCGGAGAACUGCUCCGUCAUGUAAAACCAGACAGCACCUCGCCUGAACUCUCCACCUCAUCCUUUUAGCCCAGAUAGGAGAAUUAUUUUCUACUGUUGGGAUUUUUGUCUUUAUUUUUUUUAAUAUGAUCUAUUUUGUAUACGAUUAAUCUGCAGGUUAGAUUUGCUUCAAGGUUUUUGGCAAAGGGCACAGGAUUUUCAUAUCCAUAGCUUCUUUUGAGUUUGUAUUUUCAAGUUAUGUUAUUGCAUGUGUGCUGUGCUUAAUGCUUUGUGCUGUCUUUCUGCUCUGCUUGCACACUCACUGCCACACACACACACACACACACACACACACACACACACACACACACACACAGAGCUCCAUUGACCAGUGCCUCUGCUUCAGUCCGAGCCGGGGUUUCACAUUUAAUGGCCAGGCUGUCAACACUCAACACGCACAGCUAGUGAACCCCGUCAGGAAUAACUCUGGGUGCGGGGAAUCCAUUCUACAGCAAUACAGACAACAGGAAAAUGAAUCCUGCGGGGUUUGUUGAUCAUGUCUGUCGCCCAUCAAAUUGAUCAAAUCUUUAUUUAAGAUGUUGGAGAUGUUUACGGUUGAAAUCACACUCAGUGGCUACUUGAUUAGGAACCACCUGUUCAAUCUAAUGCAAUCCAAUACAAACACUCUGCUAUAAAUUCUCCAUUUAUGAAGCUUAUACAGUUUCAGUUUUUGUUAACAUUGUCAGAAAGGUGAUUAUUCUACUUUAUGUUUAUUACUGAGGUUACACAAAGUGGUGGUGUUGGUGCACUGGGUUACAUAAUAUUUAAAUAGUGUUCCUAAUAUUUUGCCUUCCUCAUGUAUUAUAAAUGGGGUGCACAAAAUAUUAGGAAUUCAAUAUAAUGCACCCUAGUACACCACCACUAUACACUACAACCUCAAUAAUUAACAUUGAUUAGAAUGAUCACCUUUCUGACUAUAUCAACAAAAACUUCAUAAAUGUUGAAUUUAUGGUAGAGCUGUUGCAUUAAAUUGCACAGGUGUUCCUAAUAAAGUGGCCAGUGAGUGUAGUUUUCCUUGUUCUUUGGAACAGUAUUACACUAUCUUUAUAUACUACACAAAAAAUAACCAAGACUGUUAUUAUUUUAUUUUUAUUUUUUAUUUUCUGAGAAACUAUGUUGGGAAAAUUCUCCAAAGAAAGCCAAAGUACUGUAAGCUCAGGGUGUUAGGGUUAGCAUGUUCUGUCCAGUCUCUUACACAAAAAGAAGUGUUGAACAUUUUUCUACAUGGAUUUAGAAUGAUAUGGUUUAGCAGCUAUGGCGCGCACAGAGAUACUAAUAAUUAUUUGAGAUGAAUUUAUAUCUAUGUUUCUUCAGUUCACAGCUUGACUCCAGAGAAAUGAAUUUGGUUAUGUAUUUUUUGAACGUCUGUGGAAAUGAGGAUGUUGUUAUUAUGUUGGAUAAGUUGAAUUUACCCAGGCAACAAAGAGAAUGUGUUUCUCUGCCAGAUACGUACAUUUAAAUGUGUGGUUGCUUCAUUGUUUUACUAAUUCCAAAUAUGUUUUCUAUUUGGGGGAAUUAUCAGGAUUAAGUUCUCUGUUUUAAAUCUUUAUUGAAGAGUUUGGUGCCAUAUAUAUAUACACACAGUAUUUAUAACAUUUCUUAGAUAUAAACACUACUCCAAUAGAGAACUGAUGCUGCUGUUCACAGAGCACAACAGUAGUUUUUGUUAAAUUUUAACAAGCUUUUUUACAGAUGAUGAAUACAAAAGUGCCUUCAGAGGGCAUAAACAAGCAUCAACAAUCAGCUCUUUGCUCACAUGCCUUGUAUUGCAGCCUUGUGACUAUCAGACAUCCUCUGAUUUGUGUUGCCCCUAAAAACUGGUCAUAAGGGCUUUUUUUCUUCUUCUUCUCUCCUUUCCUAUAAGCUUUACUGGCUUUGCAAAUCCCCAGCCAUGAUUUUGGGAUCUGAAUGGGAUUGUAGGGUUGGUGUACUUAAUGACUUUUGGCUUCAUGCGCUGCUUUUAUUGAGGGUCUCGCCAGUUAUGCACAGCAGGUAGAUUUGUACUCUAGUCUGGCAGCUUUAAAUCAUUUAUACUCGAGAGAAAAGAAUAUCAAAGCAUUUACGGAAAAUACUUGAUGUUUUGUUUUCAUUAUUUUUUGUUUCUUAUUGUACUUGAUGGUAUUUCUGCUAAAAUUAGAUUCUUUUUUUUUGCCUUCAGAUUUUGACAUUUUGAGAGUGCCUUAAAAAAAAGUCAGUGACAAUCACUAAUCAGAGAAAUGGCCAGCUGCUAAUAUUCAGAAGGAACAAAGACAUAUUUUCAUAUUGUCUCAUAUGUAUAAGUACAUUUCUGAGACCAGAUUACUGUAUGCAAAUGUGUUUUUUAUGCACAACUACUAACUAAAUCAUCCUACUUAUGACAGAUAACAUAAAGGGUGUAGUUGGGGGUUUUACAGAGGCCUUUCUGACUGGCUAAAAAGCAGAACUUCCUGUACAACACUUUUCUUUAAUGUUUUCUUAAGAAUUGGACAGCUGCUCUUUAACAUUUGUACGUAAUGUUAGUUUCAGUUAAUGAAGAAAAAAGACACUCUGAGUCUGAUUCAAAACACAGAUGUGAAAAAACACUCGAAAGGCCUUUGUGAAAUCUCAAACCCUCGCUGUUAAAAUCUCGACGGAGGCCUCAUGAAUCAUCUUAAGGACUUGAGGAUUUAAAAUGUUACCCAAAGGGAUUUCUUGUUGUGAGCUGUUAAUGCCAAAGUUGUAAUUAGCUUGAAGUAGGAUUUGUGUCAGAUCUAUCACAACGAUGCUGUUAACAUUAUGGAGAAGCCAUGCAUUCAGUUGAUAUAAUGAAUGUCUCUCUUUUGUUUUUCUUUUUUUUGGUGCUUUUUUGUUUUUCCUUUUCUAAAAUAAUGUGGAGUAAAUUCUUUUUUCCAGUAA